AUGGUUACCGGUAUCGUCGCAAACGAAGAGCCGUGGCGUCGUGCAACACUUGGAGCCGCAUCUGACCAAACAAUCCUUGCAUAUCGCGCCCCCCACUACUGCUAUCAAUCGCCCCUCUUUAUUCAACAUGUCAACACCAGCCCCUUUAACUAAGGGUACUUCUACCGAAACCUUUACCGCAUUUCCACCUAUUCCUUCUCCCUCCGGGCCUUCUCCUCCACCCUCACCCACCAAUCCGGCAUAUGCUGCUGCCGGUACUGCGGAUAAUAGACCAACUCUAGCCAACGAUGCUGUUCUCAGACCCUCCGACCCUAUUCCUUCGACCUGGAACUCCCGUGCUGUCUCGGGGCCCGAAUUCAACGCCUUGCAUCACACCCCGAUCACAAUCUCCUCCCUAAUAGAUAGCAUGGCAACCAUAGGCUUUCAGGGCAGUGAACUCGCUCGAGCAGUGCAGGUGGUUGAUACUAUGCGCACUUAUGUCUCCCCGGGGGGUCGCAGAGCAACCAUCUUCCUCGGUUACACUUCAAACCUAAUUUCUUCCGGUCUUCGAUCUACCCUCCGCUACCUUGUCGAGCACAAGCAUGUCUCAGCAAUCGUUACCACGGCCGGUGGUGUCGAAGAGGAUUUGAUCAAGUGUCUCGCACCAACCUAUCUUGGCUCGUUCAACCUAUCGGGAAAAGACUUACGCGCAAAGGGCCUCAAUAGGAUUGGAAAUCUUGUGGUUCCCAACAACAAUUACUGUCUUUUUGAGGACUGGAUCAUUCCAAUUUUUGACGAAAUGCUGGACGAGCAGGAGGCAUCGAACGGUGCACUAAUUUGGACGCCUAGUAAAAUCAUUCACAGACUAGGGAAAGAAAUCAACCACCCGGAGUCGGUGUACUAUUGGGCUUACAAAAAUAACAUUCCGGUAUUUUGCCCUGCCCUUACGGACGGUAGCAUCGGCGACAUGUUAUUCUUUCACACAUACAGGUCCUCGCCAAAACAACUGGUGUGCGAUAUCGUCGGAGAUAUCAGGGAGAUUAAUUCCAUGAGCAUGCGAGCUGAGAAGGUCGGGGCUAUCAUUCUUGGGGGAGGUAUUGUAAAACAUCACAUCGCGAAUGCGUGCCUGAUGAGGAACGGAGCUGAGUGGGCUGUCUUCGUGAAUACAGCUAGCGAGUUUGACGGAUCUGAUGCGGGAGCGAGACCAGAUGAGGCAGUUAGUUGGGGAAAGAUAAAGGUUGAUGGAGAGAGUGUUAAGGUAAGGAUCCGAGAUCUUUCCCUAAGGGGUCGGAGGCUGACAUGAAUAGGUCUAUGCUGAGGCCACGAUCGUCUUUCCCCUCAUUGUGGCGGUGACCUUUGCCAAGGAUGGCAUCACUGAGAAGCAGGAGGACAAGAGCUAGAAGCAUUGCUUAGCAAAAUGAGCCUUCAGAUGUUAUUUUUGGGGUCUACCGGGGCUCUAACUGGCUUUCGUUUUUAAUGAUAUCACUAGCUCAGAAGCGGCUUAGCAUGAUCCUCUUCUUCAUUAACUUUGUAUGAGUAAGAGGUAUUCUACAAAGGCGGGCGAGCGCCGGGGGCUCAUGCUUGCGGUGACCUUAAUUUCAUAGGCGUUAUGGGUAGAAAACACCAGUGGGUCUUGGAGCGAAACCGAUCUAUACUGAUGACCUAUCACAUCUUGUCACUCGAAUGUUUGGUUUAAUUCACGUGUAGACUAGCUAAUUCUGAAUAUCCUAAGCCCAUUGCUGUAUUUUGCUCUGCUCUCUCCUGAUACAGUACCUGGCUAUGCCGUCAACUGGCUUUAUCCUCUUUUAUCAAUCUCUAUCAGCCUUAAUGUUGGGCCCGUACUUGGCCUGGAUCUUAUACAACUUCGCGGGUGUUUGCUGCGAGAGAAGCCAGCUCAAGUUUGGGGCCGGAUCUACGGCUAUUGAUGCGGAAUUCUUGGUGGCAGAUUAGCUGGUGAGACAUCUUUAGAUGGAGGGGUUCGCAGCUGA